GCUAGCUAGUGGACCGAUGUAUCGCGCGCGGACCAGUUUUGGGCGUUUUCCGACCGGGAGAACCGUUUAGAACACUUUGGUGAAGUUAGUGGUAAGAUUUUGAUUGGGUAUAACUUCAAUUGAGGAUAAAAGACCAUAAAUUUAAGUAAAAUGCUGACGAAUUUUGCUGGUCUAUUGUGAGAAACAUGGAUGAUGCUAACAGAAGUUGACAGCAUCCUUAGAUAGGAUUCUCGGUGAUUCGGUGAUCAGGACCUAGUCAGUUAGCUAGGAUUUGCUUCGUGUGCGGUUGGUCGGAUGAACCUCACGACGCUCGGGUGCAUGGUUCGGGUCAGAAUCGGAACGUGGUUCAUCGCAGCCUCGAAGGAUUCCGAACAGUGGGCUCCAUCGAGCGAGCCACCGAGCAGUAGUACAGAUUGAACAACGCGGAUGAUAGCUCGUGUUCCGAACCCGGGGAACUUUGGACGUGUCGUGUCCAAAGGACUGUGUGGUGGAAUCUGUUUCUCCUUACUCUGUGGAAGCAACCUGGUGCAUGGGGUGAAAUAAUUAUUGUCAAGUGCGUUGAGGUGGGAGUUCGGAUUGUGCAAAUUUGGGUUGUGCUGGAGCGGUUAAAAAGUUUGUGAAGAUACCCACUUCCAGGACGGGUUUAACGGUGAAUGAUUGAAUUUCGAUAACCGAGCGAAGCAGAGAAAUCUUAGUGCAUGUUCUAAGAGCUAAGCUGUUAAACCGUGCGGAAUGGACCAUUGCGAUGGAAAUGGCCUGUGAGAUUAUCGAACAACCGGAAAUGGAAAACGCAGCAGCCAACACUAAGGAGGUACUUGGGGCAGAUUUGAAGAGAUGAUAAAUCCAGUCGGAUUGAAGUCCUGAUAGUGAACGGGCAACAGUCGGAGGAAGAGUGAGAUUGUUGGUGGGGAUGAUGUUAAUUGAUUAAAUUUGAGCAAAGUGGCAACCAGUUUGUGUGGGGAGUGUAUCGAAAACAAACAACCAAUCAAGGAGAUGUGCAAUGUGCAAAAUGUAAGCUAAACACGUGCCAAUAAUUAAGUCAGUGCCACUGAGGCCCAAGCUCAAUGUGAAUUGUUCAUUCGUUUAAAGUGAGAAAACCAGUCGAAGAAACUAAGUGUAAACAGGAAAAUGAAAAUAAGAAAAAAUAACACAAGGAAACCACACAACCAGCAAAACUUCGUCCUUGGCGAUUUUCUGAAAUCGUAAGCUGGUUCGGAAUUAAAACCACACCCCCCGAUUUCCUUCCGAUGUUCGAGUAAAUUAACAAACACAACAAAAGAGCAGAGAGAGUUCACUACGGAACAACAUCAACAAGGACAACAACGGCAAUGUCCAAAUCCAGGAAUAAAUUCGCCACAUUGGAAUGGGAAAGUUAAUGGAAGCGGAAAAAAGUUUUCCCUCCGAAAGUCAACAGCAGGAAGCUCGUUGCAGCAUUGAGUCUUUUGCCGACCAAGAAAUAGGAACCCGGAUGUGACCGCACACCCAUUCACACAAUCCCUGGCCCUGGAUCAUGAUUAGCAGAGCAAUCGGUUGGUGGUUCUGUGGGGCGGAAACGGAAAGGUGAAAAAUCUUAGAAGAACGAUUCCAAUGAGCUGCUGAGCUCAGCAAGCAUAACAAUUAAGUGUACCUUGGGAUUUCGGGAGAGGACGAAAGUCAGUCGUCGUCGAGUCCGUACGAUUUCGGUUUAAUCCUACUCGGGGUGACUGAUACUGGGUGUAAAGGAAAAUCCUGUGGGUUUAACUUGUUUGGUUACCAGCUGGCUUGGCUGGAUUGUCCCACAACUAUUAGUUCGUAGAAAACCCGGAGGCGGAAACAUCUAUUCUUAAAGGUUUCAGCUAGGUUUUGAAAUUAGGUAACACACUUCAGAAAUCAAGAGUAGAAAAAUGAACCGUCUUUGACGAUCGUCGGGUAGAAAUAGAAGGAAACUUUGAAGGAAAGGCUUAGUAAAGGUCCGCAAUGAUCCGUGUCUCUAUCAAUCGCCAUAGAUUUCCAUUAGCCUCAAUCAAAGUUAGAAUAACAAAAUUAAUUCGAUGUCUCAAUGUGUUCGUGUGCACUUAAGCGAAGCUAGAAAGUCUAACUAACCGGUGACAGUUUUGAGAUCCGUCGUCGUAUCCCACUCGCUUCUCUUCUGUUAAGUUACGCGAAUUCUCGAAUGGCAUCACGGCAGUCGCGAGUAGGGCACUGUCGGCAACAGAAUUCGUCCGUCGUCAACGGAGCAACAACAACAGCAGCAACGGGAACAUCGAGAACUACGAAAACAGCAUCAACCACAACCUACGGCAGAAACGAUUGCAGGUUUCAGCAGGAUCGAGAUCGUCGUCAGCGUCGUCGUCUUGAUCGAUCACUACUACUACUCUAGCAGCAAUGAAACCGUUGAGCCCACUUAGGGCAGCCAUACUAGCCCUCGUCAUGGCACUCGCUGAGUCGGCUGGAGGUCUGCUAACCUUCAACACGCAUCAAGAAGCUGAUUACACUCUAGACGACUCGUUUUGGAAUGAGGAGAGUCCUGUUGGUGAAGUCGAGCGAUUGCUCCGGGAACAUCAGCAAAAUCAGGAGCUGGUGGACAAGAUCGGUAGCAACUUCUACCAGAUCAUCUACCCGGUGCAGCUACGGCACCACGAGAAGAUGGGAAUCUCGACGCGUGAAGUCGGCGCACCAAAGUUUCCAGGUCGAUUCCCGGAUAGCGGUGGCUAUUCUGGGAGCAGCGGCAGCCGAGGACGUUCGAGGACGGGGAAACAUUUUCAUCGAACAUCACUUUUGAUAAAAGCUUUUAAUCAUAAAUUUCGGUUAGAUUUGGAAUUAAAUACACAAUUACUAGCUCCUAAUAUUAUACAAAAACACUAUCUCCAGAGCGGGUUCGCGCAGGAUUCACAUCGAGAAAUUGAGCACUGCUACUACCACGGAACGGUGAAGGAUUACCCGGGAGCUAGUGCUGCCUUCCACACCUGCAACGGCGUCAGCGGGGUGAUACACGUCGGAAACGAAACAUUUGUUAUACAUCCAUUUUACGGGGGCGAUCUAUCGAAACACCCACACGUUAUCUUCGAGGCACGUACAAAAUCAAACAAGGGCUGUGCUAAUUCCGGGAACCUGGAGUGGCGAACCCGGUCGAUCCGGAGGCAGAGCCACCAUUCGGGGCUGGUCGAUCAGCAGGAUCCCAAUGGGGCUGGCCGAUACCGGAGGGACGUCCGGGAGACGACCAAGUACAUCGAAACGGCGCUCAUCAUCGACAAGGCGAUGUUCCAGAAGCGCAACGGCAGCACCCGGGCCGAGGUCGUCCACGACGCCAUCCAGGUGGCCAACAUUGCCGAUCUGUACUUUCGUACGCUCAACACCCGCGUAUCGGUUGUGUAUAUAGAGACGUGGCAGGGCCAGAACCAGGCCCAGAUCGACGGUGGCAAGGAUAUUAGUAAAGCAAUAUCUAAUUUUAACGAUUAUACAUCUAGGAAUUUAUAUAAAAUAGAUAAGGAUACGACGCAGCUGCUAACGGGGGAAACGUUUGCCGGUGGCGAAGCGGGAAUGUCCGUCCCGGAAACCGUCUGCACCCCCAAGGCGGUCGGCAUUAGUGUAGAUAUCAAUACGUACGAGCCGCAUCUGCUCGCGGGAACGAUGGCGCACAUGAUCGGACACAACAUCGGCAUGGGUCACGACGAUAACCGUGACGAAUGCAUUUGUCGUGACUGGCACGGAUGUAUAAUGUCCCAGUCAAUUGUCGGCCUGGAGAACGUCCAGCCGUAUAAAUUCAGCGAGUGCAGCCGGCUGGAUUAUAUCGAUGCCCUACGGAUCGGGCACGGUCUCUGUUUAUUGAAUAAACCGAACGAGAUCGAAAUCCGCAAAAACUGCGGCAACGGGAUCGUGGAGGACGACGAGGAGUGCGACUGUGGCAGUGCGCUGGACUGCGACAAAACGGACCCGUGCUGCGACGGAAUUACCUGCAAGCUGAAAAAGGAAUCCCAGUGCGCCACUGGACCAUGCUGUGAUAAUUGUAUUCUAAAACCGCCGGGCGUGAUCUGCCGGGAUGCGCACAACGAGUGCGACCUGCCGGAGUAUUGCACCGGAGAUACCGGCCAAUGUCCGGGGGAUGUAUAUAAGAAGAACGGGAGCCCGUGCGGGCUGAACGCCACCGGUACCUCGACUGGUUACUGCUUCAACGGGGUGUGUCCGACGACGACGUCCCAGUGUGAGCGAAUAUGGGGCUACAGUAGCGCUGCGGCCGACCGAAUUUGCUACGAGCAGUUCAACUCGAAGGGUUCAAUCAAUGGACACUGCGGGAAGGACGCCCAGGGCAACUACAUCAAGUGCGAGCCAGAAAACAUCCAAUGCGGCUCGCUCCAGUGCAAGAAUGGCGAACAGACGCCAGUCGAGGACUGCGGGGAGAACUCAAACUCCAAGGCAUUCAUUACGAUGGGGGGCAGCACCUAUGAGUGCAGAUCGAUAACCGGUUCCACGACCAACUCGGCCACGCCCCCGCUCGGUUUGGUCCAGAAUGGGACGCCGUGUGGCGAGAACCUGAUCUGCAUCAACCAGACCUGCGUCAGUUUGUUCAUGUACGUGGACCAGGUCAAGUGCCCUACCAACCAUAACGAUCGGGAGUGCUCCGGAAAUGGGGACUGCACCAAUACCAACAAGUGCUUUUGCAAGUUCGGCUGGACCGGACCGGACUGCUCAAUACAGGCUCAUAUCACAACGACGCUCGCGUCACUCGUCACCACAACCUCAACCGAAAUAGCGAUGGAAAAGAAGGUCACUCGCUACGCAAACUACCACGGCUCAAACACAGUGUUUCUAGUCGGUGUGUUAAUGUCGGUUGUUGGGGGUGUUUUUGUAACAUUUGCUCUGAUGGCUUUGUGCUACAGGUCAGUUGUAGUACAUAAUAACUUCUCCUUGUGCCUAAGAAAGAAAACCACUCGCUUUAAGUACGAUCCGCCGUACGUGAAGAAACCGAUGGCCAAGUACGUCGGCGGGCCGGCCAAUGCCAACCAUCACUCCCAGGACGACAUCUCGCUCGAGGGGUCCAACAAGCUGAUGUUCACCAACCAGAAUGCCCAGUUUCGGGAUCACAAAUCGAUACGAAGGAUGACCGGAACAUCGGGCAGCGAAGACGAUCCUACACAUUCCGGCGAAGAAGAGACAGUAUCGUUCAUCGAUCUACCCCCAAACAGUAUUUCGAAACUUCCAGAAAAGGGCAUACUUAAAAAACACGGAUUCGCUCUCGUCUUGGGCGAUAGUAAUAAAGAAAAAUGGCCAGACGACACACAAUCCGAUAAACUCGAAUUGAUUGCUCAGCAAGAAUCCACUAUUCCUUCAUCAGGUGGCCAGCUGGGCGCAGCAGUAAUUGGCCCCGUCAUGUCGGACGUCGAGCGAGUCAAGGGUAUGAACGGCUACCACGAGGAUAUCCUGGAGGCGUUGCGUCGAUCGGCGGCGCAGGUCCCGCGGAGUAGCGCCAACACCCCGUCGGGAAGCAUGAGUGAGGAGCUGCUCCGCAAAACGCUGGACUGUGUGGCGGAAAUGCAGCUCGGGGCCCAGAACGUGUACCCGAUGCAGCGGGAGUACAAACGCAGCAGCAGCUCCCGGACCGGUUCGAAGGAAAACAUUUGCGAUCCACAACAACACCUGCUCAGCGAUACCGGCAAUACCUCGACAAUGUUGCACCACCGCCAGCAACAGCACACUCAGGACGAGGACGAUACGCCCUCGGUCGGACCCUUGAGGAUCCGAAAUCUAGAAGACCUAAUACGACAACUGGAGCACCACUCAUCGCGACACAUGAGUCCCAGCGGGUCCGAAGACAUUCGCAUGUCGGAAACCGAGGUCGACCGCCACUAUAGAGUAGAUAGUUCAGCCGCUUGUAGUGAAUCAUCGCAUGGCUCAAACCAACAGCUAGCUCAAUCGCAGAAAACUGCCACAAUACUGCCACCGUACAGUAGCCGUUGUAGACCGCCCCGAUCGGAUGACGAGUCGCGCUUCUCGUACGGCCCGCCAGGUGGAAGCGGUGGACCCGGAAGCAGCGGCACAGGUCGAUACCGACACCCCGCUAGUCGCCAUCCGGCCCAUCAAUCGCAUUCACCCCAUUCGCCACACUCGUUUACCCACCAUACCCAUCACGGGCACGCGCACGGACACUCGUCACACGCGGGCCAUUCCUCGCAUCAUUCGUCCCACACGCACCUGCACCAGGACGAUGAAGGAAUCUACGAAAGUGCCGAUCCACAUCCGGUGCACUCGAUAGUGCACCCACACGACCGAAAUGCGCUCAGUGAUCAGCGCGACACCAACGAUAGCGAAAGCGAUGACUUAUUUCAAGCUCAACAACAGUUAGCCCGAUGGGCGAGUGAGGACGUGGUUUCCGUGGUGGUAAUGGAGCAAGGAUCGGACUCGUCCCACGUCACGCAGCAAGGUCCAUCAUCAGCCAGUACCAUGCACGGCCAAUUUCAACAGCAUCCAUCGCAUCCGCAACAGCAGUUGCAUCACGACAACAACAAUACCACCACCAACACCUGCAGCAGCAACGUCAAUGGAGUUCCAGCUAUGGGCAGCUGUCACAAUAUCAGCAGUUUGAGCCAUCAACAGCUAGUGAACAGCAGAGACUACUGUCCUUCGCCACUCUCCACCGAAACCGAGAGCAGUGGAAGCGUGAUACAGCCGGUGGCACCGUCGAGACGUGGACCCAUUAUGCCCGGCCCCGGACCAGACGGAAAUCAUAUAAUGGAGAGUACAGGUCGCUAUCCCGAAUAUAAACACUGAUAGUAGCUAAACGGGAUUUGAUACUGCGCAUCCUACGCAUUGAAUCCCCAAACGAACUAUCAACAACCACAACAGACUAGGAACGACAGUUACAACCAAUCGAAUACCGACAGCAGUAGCCGCUAGAUUGUGCGGUUCGGAUCGAACAUCGGAUGUUCUCAAUGCACACAUGCAACA